CUGGCUCUCGAUUACGGACGACUGAUUACGCCCAAGGAUCUCUUUGGGAGUCAGGCCACUCAAUCGAGGAUGAGACCACAGGCCAUACUUUGCCUCUUGCUGCAGCUCAUUUUUGAGCUUUCUUCAUGCACACAACUCCGGGUGUUAUCUGGUUCCACUCUGGAGCUGCCAUGUAUCUCAUUCAAAACUGAUGUCAGGGAAGACGCCAUCACCUGGACAUUCAAUGGUAAAAAUAUAAGACGGCAGCCACCUGUCAACACUAGAGUUGAAAAGAAUGGCGAGCUCAUUAUAUCCCCUGUAACCGCUGCCAACAAGGGCGACUAUGUGUGUUUGUUCAAAGAGGAGAACAUGGUGAUGCAUAGGAUGUACAGCAUCACAGUUGAUGCAUCAAUUGGCUAUACCAUUAGGGUAGCUACCGGUUCAGAUGAAAUUAAGCUCCCAUGCCAUUUCCCACCUGGUAGCCAAGUCACAGAUGCUGCACUGUGGUUCAAAGAGAAAGGUUCUGACAAUAGGGCACAACUGAGUCCUGAUGAUUCAACAGGUAAAGUGGGGCUGGAGCAACUUGACCCACAUGACAGUGACCAGACUAUCAGUCUCAGAAACAUUGUCAAAGAGGAUGCUGGAAUUUACCACUGUGAAACUGCUGAUGGGGAGCCGUUGAGCACUGUAAAUGUUAUUGUUGAAGAUCCUUAUAUCCCUAAGCCACACUCGUGCGCCAACACUAUCGCAUGGGAACCCUGCCUGGAUGAGAACAGUCGCACAGGGGAACCCAUGCUGCAAGAAUCAGUCACAGAGUUUUCCAUGAAGCUCUAUUCUUCCUUUAAAAAGUCACUUCCCUCUGGCAACCUGCUCUUCUCUCCAAUCAGCAUCAGUUCGAUUCUCUCCCAUUUGUUAUUAGGUGCAAGGGAUGAGACCCGUGAAUCUAUUGAGGAUGCGGUCUCCGUGCCUCACGACUUCCACUGUGUUCACUUCCAGAUGAAGAAGCUGAGAGAGAAGUUGGCCAGCUCCUUGCAAAUGGCUUCUCAGAUCUACUAUAAUCCCCAACUGAAUGUGAGUGAGUCCUUUAUUAACCAGUCCAUUCAGUUUUAUGACGCGGAACCCACCAGGCUAUUGAAUACCAGUGAGAAAAACACAUGGAUGGUCAACCAAUGGGUCGCCAGUAAAACCAAAAAUAAAAUCAAACAUUUGGUUGACUUUGUAUCACCCAGUACACAGCUGAUCCUGCUCAACGCUGUAUCCUUUAACGGUCAGUGGAAGGUCAAGUUUGAGCCAAAAUCACACAAGGAACAUUUUGUAAAACUGAAUGGUGAUACGGUAAAGGUGCCUAUCCUCUAUCACCAGAAAUACAUGGCGACUAUGACAUAUGCUGUUUCGCUAAUGGCACAGGUGGCGAGGUUUGCUCUCACAGGUGACAGCAGUCUUUACAUCCUGCUGCCCCGCACCAACACACUUACUGACCUGCAGCAGGUGGAGAACAGGAUGACGGACACAGCUGUGCGCGAAAUGAUAGAACUGAUGAACAAAACACAUCCUCAGCAUAUUGAGGUUACUCUGCCCCAAAUCAAGAUAGAUGCCCAGCCAAACAUGAACAUGCUUCUUGGGGAUUUAGGACUGAAGUCACUCUUUGAAAGACCCAAUCUGUGUGGCCUCAUCUCCAAAGAGAGUGUGGUUCUCAGUGAAGCCAAACACAGAGCCUACCUUGCACUCACUGAACAAGGAGUAGAGGCCGGUGCCGUCACCUCUAUGGUGUUUUCUCGCUCCUUCCCUUCAUUCACUGCCUUGCGGCCUUUCAUCAUGUUGCUGUGGAGUGACCAGGCCAAUGUGCCACUCUUUAUGGGCAGAGUGACUGAGCCAUGAGAGAGAAAAAUGAGGGGCAGACACAGAAAGAGCGAGAGAGUGGAAAUGUAUCAGCAUCACACGAGCAGGAAAGAAAUAAUGCAAAUAUAAACAAAAGUUCCCUGAUAUAAUUGAAACACAAUUAUUUUUCUUUAUCUUACUGCUUCUUGUGAAAAUUCAGCUGCUUUUUAAAAAAAAAAAAAGUUCAGUAGAAGCAUUUUUUUAGUCUCAAAAGAGACCCUUACAACAUACACAGGCUUGGAUGUUGAUUGUUUUCAAAGAUGAUGAGAAAUAAAGA